AUGUACGGAAAUUCCUGCUACUAUCUUUACGAUUUAACAGGCCACUUAUACGAAACUGCAGAGCUUACAUGUCGCGACCUAAAUUCUCAUGUUUACGUGCCAAGUUCGGAAAGUGAAUAUGAGGCCGUCUCCGCCCGUCUACUUCUAGUACAAUACUACUUUUACGGAAGCGAGCUGGGGUUGUGGAUUGGUUGUGCCAACAAUGGCAACGAUGAUUCUUUCUUUUGUUCUGAUGGAACGGAGAUUGGCAUCAAUAGCGAUUGGUGGUUCAACACGGGUUAUAUCACAGGGGGACCCGACAGAUGUGCGGCUUUCAACUUGAAAACCUUCCCUUCUAAACUAUACAAGCAUUCAUGUGAGAACGAUACCAACGCAAUUAUCUGCGAAGAUGGCCCAGUGCAGGAAAUUGAUGACUUGGUUACAACCACCAGUGCCACCACUACCACCACUACCAGCCCGAUCGAAUCAUGGACCUCCUACAUGGUCCCUUGCACAGCCCAUCACACCUCUUACACUUGUCCUGAGAUCUACGGACGAUAUGGGAUGCGUUUCCCGGCUAUCCACGUAUAUUUUGCCGACCGUUUUAACAUAGAAAUGAGUGAGGUAUGCAACAGAAUGAGAGGCAUCCAACGAGCAUCGGCGAUUCUUUUUCGACAAAAUGGUCGCUUUCAGAAGACGUUUGUGUCUUGGAGAGCCACAUCAUAG